AUGCCACAAGGUGACUCCCCCGACACCUCAUCUUCAGGAAACACCAUCCUUGCCAAUGAUCACUUGAACCCAUUGAUGCAGAAUGCCAUUGUCGACGCCGAGGAUGCCUCAUUGCAGGAAAAUGUCAUGGAGACACCACCAGAGUCGUCACAAGGACAGGGGAGCAACACAGACAACAGCAUCACCGACGCUGCCUCUACUACGGAACAGGACCAGGUCUCUGGUCUAAAAGAUGACACCGCGGACAACAGCUUUGAUAUUAGUAACUCUGCUUCCAGUAAAUCGGCUCAACAAACGGAAGCAUUGCUGUGCGACGUCAUGUCAUCUGUUGCGGUCGAAACGCCAACAUCUUCCGAAGUCGACAACAAACUACAGGUGCAAGCACCGCAGGAGUCUGCGUCCAUCAUCUCCACGGACUUUACCCAAACGAGCAUCAAUGCCAAUCUCGGCGACAAGGACGCUCAGGUGGCUCUUGGAGACAUGUACAAGGAUGGCAAGGGCGUGCAACAAGACUAUAAGGCCGCUAUGGAAUGGUACCUCCGAGCCGCCGAACAAGGAGAUGCCGUUGGUCAGCGCAAAGUAGGCGUCCUCUACUACUAUGGAUACGGUGUCACACAGGACCACUCUACAGCGCUCACCUGGUAUCUCAAAUCUGCAGACCAAGGAAACGCCCAGGCCCAAUACAACAUGGGUUAUUGCUACCGUUAUGGUCAAGGAGUCCCUCUGGAUUAUUCCAUAGCUAUGGAAUGGUUCCUCACGGCUGCCGGUCAAGGAAACGCAGAUGCACGCACCCACAUCGGCAUUAUGUAUAACGACGGUGUAGGUGUUCCCCAGGAUUACUCCCAAGCAUUCGAGUGGUACAACAAGGCCACCGAACAGGAUGAUCAACACGCCCAGUAUUACCUCGGAUAUUUGUACCUUGACGGCGAAGGCGUGGCGCAGAGCUUUUCUAAGGCAAUGGAGUGGUUUAAUAAGUCGGCUGAACAAGGACACGCAGAAGCCCAGGCAAACGUUGGCUAUUUGUACCGUGACGGUAAGGGAGUGAUGCAGGAUUAUUCCAAAGCAAGGGAGUGGUUUGCUAAGGCGGCCGAGCAAGGAAACGCAUUUUCGCAGCACAACCUCGGAUGUUUGUACCAUGACGGACAAGGAGUGGAACAGGAUUAUGUUCAGGCGAUGACAUGGUACCGCAAAGCUGCUGAUCAAGAUUACAUGAAUGCACAAUACAGCAUUGGGCGCAUGUACCAGAACGGUCACGGUGUGCCUGUAGACUACUCGCAAGCAUCGGUGUGGCUCCUCAAGGCUGCCAAGGAAGGCCACGACGAGGCUCAGUAUGCCGUUGGGAGACUGUAUGAGUACGGUGAUGGAGAUGCUCAAAUGGUUCUUGACGAUAUGUACAUGGAUGGCGAGGGAGUUCAACAGGACUACCAAGCGGCCAUGGAAUGGUACCUUCGAGCAGCCAAUCAAGGAUAUGCCAUUGGUCAGCGCAGAGUUGCCUAUCUCUACAGUUUGGGUCUCGGCGUCGCACAUGACUACUUUGCAGCCCUGACCUGGAACCUUAAGGCUGCCGCCCAGGGAGAUGCGGGAGCCCAGUGCAACGCUGGAAACCUUUACCACCAAGGCCAAGGCACCUCUCAGGACUUUUCCAAAGCAAUGGAGUUGUUCCUCUUAGCCGCCGACCAAGGACACGCAAAAGCACAGAACCACAUCGGCAACAUGUAUCACGACGGUGUUGGUGUUCCCCAGGAUUUCUCCCAAGCAUUGGAAUGGUACCUCAAGGCUGCCGAACAGAAUGCUACCUAUGCACAAAGCAGCAUCGGCAGCAGUUACCGUCACGGCGAAGGAGUGACGAAGGAUUUCUCUAAGGCGAUGGAGUGGUUCCUCUUGGCAGCCGACUAA